GGCAUCACCACCGCAGACACACUCCAGCUGUGAUUCACAUGGCGCAUCAGCUGCCGGUUGCCUCUUUGCUUUCCGAGGUUCCGGUCACCCAAAUCUGCCUAGGGAGCCUUAAUUCACUGCCCGUCCGACAGCCUUAUUCUUUCAUAAGCAGCCUUAUCACUUGGAGUUCAUAAAAGCCUCCCACCCGGUACCCUUCCGCCUGCUCACACUCCCCCAGCCCACCAAACAGCUUCGCUCGAAUCGGCAAGCAUGGCACUCGAGACUUCCCAGCUGCCCGAGGGCAUCUUCUCCCUGCUGGAUACGGAUUUGUAUAAGCUCACUAUGCAAUGCUGUGUGCUCAAAUACUUCCCAGACGUUGCCGUCACAUAUAGCUUCACAAACCGGACACCGGAUAUGAAACUCAACAGGGCGGCUUUUAAUUGGCUACAGGCCCAGGUAGACAAGCUUGCUCAUGUGUCAAUGUCCGAGGACGAGCUCCAAUUCCUCAGGACUACUUGCACCUACCUUAGCCCGCAGUACCUGUAUUUCCUCUCGACCUUUCGGCUACAGCCAUCGAAGCAGACCAAGCUAUCGUUUAGUCCUAUUGAGGGCGCCGGGGGAGACGACGAGAUUGGAGACGUUACAAUACACAUCGAGGGACUCUGGGUGGAAACAAUCCUCUACGAGAUUCCACUGCUUGCUUUGAUCAGCGAAGCUUACUUCAAGUUCUGCGAUCGUGACUGGACCUAUGCUGGACAAGUUGACAAGGCUCAUCAGAAGGGUCUGCAGCUUCUCGAGCCGGGCUGCAUCUUCUCCGAGUUUGGAAGUCGGCGACGACGCGACUAUCAUACGCAAGACUUGGUGAUUCAAGGCUUACGACAGGCGCAAGACGACGCCAUUCACAACGGCUGGAAGGGGAAGCUCACCGGGACGAGCAAUGUCCAUUUCGCCAUGAAACACGGACUGACGCCAAUUGGGACUGUUGCCCACGAGUGGUUCAUGGGCGUAGCAGCAAUUACGAAUGACUACGAGAACGCGAAUGAGACUGCGCUGCGGUAUUGGGUGGCAACCUUUGGAGAGGGUGUGCUCGGCAUUGCCUUAACGGAUACCUACGGUACUCCCGCCUUCUUGAGAGCCUUCAAGAAGAAGAUGCCCACGUUCACUACGGCAACUCCCGGGCCAGCUACUACUCUCCCAUCGACAACUGCAAACUCACUCGCAACAACAGAGCCGCCAGUUAGCGCGCCGGUAGAGAGCAAAUCGACAGGGAAGUCGGAGCCCAGGACAUAUGCGCAGGUGUUCACUGGUGUGCGCCAAGACUCAGGGGACCCCUUGAACUUCAUCAAGAUGAUGCGCGAGUUCUACGACGAGGAGGGCAUUAAGGAGAAGAAGACGGUUGUAUUCUCCGACUCCCUCAAUGUCGAACUCUGCUUGAAGUACAAGGCGGCGGCCGAGGCGCAAGGGCUGCAGCCGACUUUCGGCGUUGGGACGUUCUUGACGAAUGACUUUGUGCAAGAGUCGACUGGCAAGAAGUCGGUGCCGCUGAAUAUCGUGAUCAAGAUUGCGUCUGCUUCCGGCCGAGCCGCCGUCAAGAUUAGCGACAACAUCGGCAAGAACACAGGCGACAAGGCAACAGUUGCGGAUGUGAAGCGGCGACUGGGCUACGAGGAGAGAGCUUGGGUCGGAGGCGAUGAAAAGACACGCUGGGGCAAGGCAGGCGAAACAGCAUGAUCGCGUUGCUGUCCAAGAGCUAGGUGGAGGCAGGCGUCUAUAGAUAUCCAUUUGGCAGUACGGCGUCAGCAUAGAGCACCAACCUCUUACCACAUUUGGAUGAGGUGUAAUCAAAAGUCGACGCGUUCCAGUGAGGCGUGGCUGCGUGCGAGGUGUGGCGCAGACCGAGGAUUGCGUGCAGCAGUGAAUGUCUCAUGGCAGUGCAUCACGGAUUCGCCUUGGCCUCCGAAAAGCUGCGUCGCCUUCUGUCCGUAUGUGGGGUGGGUAGCGGAGCAGUAGUGGAGCAGAAGUUCGCGAUGGCAAAAGAGCCAUGCAUGCACCUAGGCAGAAUAUUAAUAGCACAGCCGCGAC